AUGAUUUCCACAAAGUUUAAGAAGCACCUGACGAUCCGGAUCUUGAACCCCAAGGACCUCAAGAAUGGUGAAGGUUGGGCCACCGUCAUCUCGGCGAGCGUUUGGGUAGCCACCUUUCUGUACUACUUUUGGAAGUUUUUACUUCGCAACAAUCUGCCGCAGCCGAUCCUCAAUUUGGGCAGGCAGCCAGAGGAGUAUUACGGGGAUUAUGCUUCCGCCGUCCCGGUGUUGUCUGGCCUAAUUUCUGGUGCGACUUACUUCGAAGGGUACCUGGGCCUGCCUGUCGGCGACAUGCUCUUCAGCAAAACGGGGCUGAAACACCUGGCUCAUGACCAGGUGAUAUGGGAUCUCAUCGUGAUGUUCGUCACUGCAGCCUUCUCGCUCACCUUCUCCUUGGAGGGGACGCGACGCUUUGAUUGCCGGUACUUCGUCCCGGCAUCUUCCACGGUAGGCUACUUCGUGGCAACUGUGAUCCGUAUCCUUCUUGAAGGCGAUAGCAAGCCUCCGUUCCUGCUCAUCGCCUUAUGCCCGC